UCGCAAUAUCUACGGACGUGGUCGCAGCUGAGUGGUUGGAGCGCUGUUCUCGGGCCACUAUAAGUGGCGGGGCCUGCUCGUUUCGUCCAGGUUUCCCCUUCUGUGAGAGUGAGAGGGAGAGAGAGGAGAGGGAUCUGCCUUGCCCUAGGAGAAGAUCUGAGACCUGUGCUUGUGACUGUGAAAAGAAAGCAUGUCGCCUGUUGAAUCCUCAAGGGAGGAGAAUGUAUACAUGGCCAAACUGGCCGAGCAGGCGGAACGUUAUGAGGAGAUGGUCGAGUUUAUGGAGAACGUAGCAAAAACUGUUGAUGUUGAAGAACUCACGGUUGAGGAACGCAACUUGUUGUCUGUAGCUUACAAGAACGUUAUCGGAGCCAGAAGAGCUUCAUGGAGAAUCAUUUCGUCCAUUGAACAGAAGGAAGAGAGUCGUGGCAAUGAGGAUCAUGUUGCAGCAAUCAAGGAAUACAGGGGGAAGAUUGAGUCUGAGCUUAGCAAGAUCUGUGAUGGCAUCUUGCGCCUCCUUGAAUCACACCUGAUUCCAACUGCUACCGCUGCUGAGUCAAAGGUGUUUUAUCUCAAGAUGAAAGGUGAUUAUCACAGAUACCUGGCGGAGUUUAAGACUGGUGCCGAGAGAAAAGAAGCUGCUGAAAGUACAUUGUUGGCUUACAAGACGGCACAGGAUAUUGCUCUUGCUGAUUUGGCUCCAACCCAUCCUAUUAGGCUUGGACUUGCCCUGAACUUUUCAGUGUUCUACUAUGAAAUUCUGAAUUCACCUGAUCGAGCUUGCCAUCUUGCAAAGCAGGCAUUUGAUGAAGCAAUCUCAGAAUUAGAUACGCUGGGUGAAGAAUCUUACAAGGAUAGCACCUUGAUCAUGCAGCUACUCCGUGACAAUUUGACCCUCUGGACCUCCGAUAUACAGGAGGAUGCGGGGGAUGAGAUCAAGGAAGCCGCAUCAAAACCUGAGACUGGGGCUGAUGGGCAGUGAUCUGUGUACUUGUCAUAGGUGGUGUCAGUAUCGUGUUUCCUUGAAAACAGAUUUUAUGUAUUGCCUUAGGAGGUUUGAUUUUAGGUCAUAGGAACUUUGCCGCAUAUAUGAAACUAUUUCUGCUUUUGUUUAAUACCUUCAUAGCCUCCGUGCUUGAACGUUCUCAUGUGGGGGAAAAUUUCGCAGCUGAUUAGUUUUUUUUAAUAUCAGCCAAGUAUAAGGUGGUGUAAUUGUUGAAUGCGGUGUUCGAUGCCCUAGCGGCAGUAUUGCUUGUUGGAAAUCCUUUGUUGUGUUGAAAAA